AAGACACUAAAGUCUCCUCCCCCAGUAGCACCUAAACCAAGAUCAUUAUCACAAAGUGGACGAUUUCAACUAUUGUCAUCAGCAGAAAAACCACGUCGAUCAUCACUACCUACACAACCUCCACCAAUAGCACCUAAACCAUGUCGAACUGCACAACCUCCUCCAAUAGCACCUAAACCACACUGGCCAUCAAUAACUAAAAAUCUGUCAUCAUUCAAACCAAUGGAAGGAUCAAUGUCACCAGAAUAUAUUACAAUGAAAGAGAUGUUAGCUGAUCUUAUCGAUCUGUUGGCAGGAAAUGCUCCAGUUAUUUCUCAGUUAAAUAAUCAUCUCUUUUCAUCUGAUCUCAUUCCUAAAGCAGUACAUGUUACUGUUGAAAGUACUGCAGGACUCACUCCUUAUGAUAGAGCUAAUAAAAUACUCUCUUCAGUACUAGCAACACUUGAGUGUCAUCCUAAUCCUAACAGUGUGUUCCCUUCUCUUAUUACUUCACUACAGAAAGUGGGACUAAAGAGCAUGGCAUCUAAGCUAAUGAAAAAAUUAAAAAUGAAAGGUGGUCAUGUUGAUCCUAAUCUAAAGCAGCAACCAUCAGUCAGUAAGGGACCACUUCAACCAGUGGAUGUCACUGCACAAUCUCACACACCACAGCCAAUAAUCACUGGAUCACAAUCAUCUACUGCUACUACUGUCAUUGAGCUCAGUUCAAAGAGUGAAGUUGCUGCCAAUAUUAAAAGUCUUCAUUCUUGUUUUGCAUCUCUUGAUUCUAAUAUAAGAGAUGAGUUUGAGGAGCUGGUGGAAAAGGGUAAAGUGAAGCUUAAAGCUGUAGCUAGGAGUGCAGCAGCUUAUUUAAGCAUUCAAGUAUCCAGUUUAAAAUAUGGCAACGUUGAUGAACUAUUUGAUUCUCUUCAGCCUCAUUAUGACUUCUUCAGUUGUGGCGGUGUACUUCAACACUUGACAGACACUUACCUUUCAACUGCACAAACUGAACUAACUCAAUACAUUGAAAGUAUUGAUACAUUCUCAGAAUCAUCACAAUUGAAGCACAUACGAUCAACAAUCAAAGAGAAAUUAUCAUCAUUACCAGCAGCAGCCUCACCAACCACUAGUGAUCAAACAAAACCAGUCAUUAUUAAACUGAAUGACAGAUGGGAAGAAAUGACAAUAAGUAAACUCAAGACAUCUCUUAUUGAUGCCAUCAAUAACAAAACAAACUCAAUGAGUAGAUUAGGAAUAUUGGAAGUUGCUGUUGACAAUAAAGCAAUUCCUAUCAGAAGAAAGGAUGAUAACAAUUUUGACGUUUCACUCCAUGAAUCAGUUAAAGCUUGUGAAUUUUUUGAAGUAUCAAUGCUACUUCAGUUAGGAGCUGAUCCUAACAGUAAAGAUGAGAGAGGAAAGAGUGCAGUAGAGAUAGCUAAGCAAAGAGGACACACUCAAAUGAAGCAAAUACUAUUAACUGGUGGAGGUGAGUUAUUUGAUACUAAUAUUAACACACACACAUAA